AAGAAAUACGAACACGGCCCUCCCACGCAUCUCUCAAUGAAUGCCGUGCGGACGCAGAUUUGAUUUGUAAUCAUCCACGCCGCUGUUGUUGCUUUCCCAAAGUGAAGAGACAGGAAUGCCAUGGCUACUCAGAACAACCAGGAUUAUUAUAGAUCAGUCAGCAGCGAGUCCACAACAUACAUGAUGGUUCCAGCGAACGCUCGACGGGACGCACCUUCAAAGUUAUGGAUAGCGAUGGUCGUUAUCGUGGUGGUGGUUCUUCAGAUAGCCUCCACCACCGGACUAUUUGUCUACCUUAACAUGUCACUAUCACAGGUGAAAAGCCAAGGCGUCACCGAGGAGCUGCGAUGUCUGGGUCUGCUCAACGCCCUGGACAAAGACCAGGACAUCCCCGAGAACCUGGCGCAGCUCUUUGGGGAGCCGUGCAUCAAGCUGGCCGAGGGCAUCAAGGCCUACAUCUCCAAGGUGACGGAGAACCUCAUCUCACAGCGUGGUUUCCCAGAGCCCAGAGUGAUGCCGCGCUCGUCGUACAACACGACUGCUGUUAAGCUGCUGAACACAGUACCACAGAGGCCAUCCGCCCAUCUCACACUCAGAGACAGUGCCAUCUCAGGUGAGGGCUCCUACCCCAACCCGCAGCCCGACCUGCACCAGUCCUGCCGCCACCCGGUGCGCACCUGGGGCAACGGCAGCUUCGGCGCGCACCUGCGCAACAUGACGCUGGCCAACGGGCGUCUGCGCGUGCCCCUGGACGGCCGCUACUACCUGUACGCCCAGGUGUACUUCCGCUACCCGUCGCCCAGCUCCGAGGCGGACCAGUCGGGCGCCAGCCACCAGCUGGUGCAGUGCAUCUACAAGAAGACCAACUACCUGCGGCCCAUCCAGCUGCUGAAGGGCGUGGGCACCAAGUGCUGGGCGCCAGACGCCGAGUACGCGCUGCACUCCGUCUACCAGGGCGGCCUGUUCGAGCUGCGCGCCGGCGACGAGGUCUUCGUCUCCGUCUCGUCGCCCACCAUGGUCAACGCCGAGGAGUCGGCCAGCUACUUCGGCCUGUUCCGACUGGACCUGUGAGAGAGAGGGAGGGAGGGAGAGAGAGAGACGGAGAGAGAGAAAGAGAGAAGGAAGGAUGGAUGGAUGGAUGGAUGGAGGGUGAUGAGAGGAAGGAAGAGAAGAAGAAACAGAGGGAGAGAGAGAGAGAGAGAGAGAGAGAGAGAAGGAAAGGGAACGCGCAACUGUGAGAAAGCACGGGGACUGCCAUGCUAAAAGACUACGUUACCCAUGAGGCAUCUGUGCCGUGUGCUGUGCAGAGGAGAGGAGUGGUGUGGCGUGGAUGGGGCCUUUGCUGAGACAUGCCUUAAAGUGGUUGUGGUGGUUGACGUGAGGAAGGAAUUUUAACCCUGUUUUUUUUUUUUUUUUAAUUCUCCAGUUUUUAUGAGCCUGGACUCGAUCUCCCAUCCACAUGAAAGACAGAGGAAUGAAUGUAUUUUUCUAAGCCAAAUCAAUGGAUUUUGCAAUGCGUAACAAAAUGGAUGACCAAAGCCUGUGUAUUUUUAUUAUUAUUAUUAUUAUUGUUAUUAUUAUUGUUGUUGUUGUUGUUAUUUUUGUUGUUAUUGUUGUUUCAUGUUUUCAAUGUAGCUUGCAAGCCAGUAGGGUUUGUUUUGAAUGGAACAACCGGAGAGCACAUCGCAAUGCUUUCUGGACGCGAGUGGAAACUGGACAAUUCACAUGGCAAGAACUCUGCAUCUGAUUGGUGCUUCAUCAUCACAGAUGUGUGUGUAUUCUCGAGAGAAAGGUGCUUGCGUGUGUGUGGGACGUGAGAGAGAGAGAGCCCUCGGAGGCAGAGGACCGGUGAACUCUGAGAGAUGUCGUUCUGGAUAACUUUCAAAACGAGCAAGCAGGAAUCUACCCACUCCUGUCCAACCUGAGAGGCAUCCUGCUCAAGACAAGCUCAUCCGUCAUGCGAACACACACACACACACAGAUUUGUUACCACCUUAGGGUCAUACACCGCUGAAGAUCCGGUACUCACACCUCUGGCAACACACACACACACACACACACACGCACACGCACACGCACACGCACACACAGACACACACAGACACACACAGACACACACAGACACACACACACACACACACACACACACACACAGACACACACACACACAAUGAGUUAUGUUGUCUCACAGACACACAUCACUACCUACCUUCCCACUUCAAACACACACACAAAACCCACACACCCACACCCGGAGAACCACACAAAGAGAAAAGCAAAGAUAAACACUUGCAUUAUACCGUAUACACACACAUCUGAGUGCAAUUUGGAUGAUUCGGUGCCAGUCGAGUGGACGAUAUAGUGAAUGCAUGUUUUAUAACAGACAAAACAUGUUAAUUAAUGCACAGACGGUAUUUAGGGGGUUCCCGCCAAAGGCUUGUGUGCACACAUGAAUGCACACCAGGGCUCUUCCUCCUGCCAAGAAACACCUCUAAUCUCACGAAUCAAGCACACACACACACACACACAUUAUAGAGAAACACUAAAACAUACACACACACACUUAUGGUCCUGUUUACAUUAGGGCUCUGUUGCUGAUCAAAGGUGCACAUGCCCAUGGAAGACAAAUUGCACACACACACACACACACACACACACACACUCACACACACUCAACCUGGGUGAUGUAUACAGUAUGCACUGUAUACACAAACGUCCACAUACAAAGCCCAGCACUCGGCCCACAAAAGAACAAAGACACAUUAGUUAAACUCCACACUUUCACACACGGAGUAUGCGCCUCACAAUAGAAGUGGCAGACUAAGACAAACAUGCACAACCUUACACACACACACACACACACACACAGCCAGCCUCUAUUGUGUGUUCCUCUAACUAGCAGGACUCCUAGAGGUUCACCGUGGGUGGAAUGUGACUCUCAGCCUCCCAUGCUUUUUGACCGGAGGAAAGGUUACGCAAACACACACACACACACACACACACACACAUUCUCUCUCUCUCUCUGUUGAAAUGUCAAGGCCCAGGCUGCCUCCCGCACCACUGACUUCCUCCGUUUUAAGAGACGGCAACUCGAUACGCCGUGCCCAUGCCAUGCCAUACAAAUUCCUUUCCAAAUAGAUACAUGAAAUUAAAAACAACAAACACCACCGGAGACUUUAAGCCUCUCGGUUCAGUCGAGCUCCUCAUCGGUGGGCGGUUCAGUAACCUGUGUGUACAUGAUGUAAGUUAAAAUUCAGCAUCCUAUGUAUUGUUUAUGUUGUAUUUCUGUGUUUCGAUUUAAUGGGUGAGUGUUAAUAACCAACCAUUUUCUAAAUCACGAAGGUGCAUUUGUUUGUGUGUGUGUGUGUGUGUGUGUCUGUGUGUGUGAGAGAGAGAGAGGUUUUUUUGUUUGUUCUCUAUAUGCUUUGUUCCUUGAUGUGGUCGUUGUAUAUUGUUAAUGGGUUGGCGCACUGGACUCCACUUUGGUUUCUUGGGGAGGGGAGAGGGAGAGAGAAUCCACUGUUUUAACGGUACCUGAUCGAGGGAGCCUGUAUAUAGUAUGAAUUGAGAAACAAAGCAUGGAGUCUGAGCACUUUUUUGUACUUUUUAAAUUGUUUUUUUUAUUUUUGUUUGUUUGUUUUUUUUCUUCUGCGCUUCACACGUCACCUUUUUUUUGCGUCAGAUAUGAUUCACGUUUUAAUCAGGGUGCAAAUAUCAAGAUCAGGCACAAUCAAGACAAAGAUGGACAUGGAAUAUUUUGGACAGACCUACGUGACUUGGUGUGCUCCUCUUGGCAAUAAAGUUCAUCCCUCGAGCAAAUUGGGCCAAUCCCCUGGGUUUCUCCGGCUAUGUGUAGCUUGUUCCAAAACAAGCCAGCUAUGCCGCAAGGCACUGAGGGGUCAUGCAUUUAAAAUUGGCCGUAUUUUCUUUGUCAAUGUCCAAAGACCUUCUCCGGUGAGGUCUGUUAUGCCAGAAUCAUCAAUAAUCAACAUGGCCGACCCCCCCAACCCUCCCUAGACGCGAUCCUUUUAUCACACAUCCUCUCUCCAUCUCCCCUGAACCAUCAGGUCAAACCUUGCAUGGUUGGUGUGUGUGUGUGUGUGUGUGUGUGUGUGUGAGAGUGUGUGUGUGUGUGUGUGUGUGUGUGUUAGUCUAUACCUACAGCGUAGGGGGGGGUCAAAGAGGCACAUUUGGGGAACGGAACAUUCCAUAAGAUUCCUUUGGAUUUACAGAGACCCCUCGGGGGCUUGCUCUGUCGUAUACCCACAUAUUGCACACGUGAAUGUGGGGGGGUGAGGUAAGGGGGACCAGAAAAACAGAGCAAGAAAAUAAUCACCAUGCUAAUCAAUCAAGACUGACCUGAUUGUUUUUUGUAAAAAAAAAGAAAAAAAAGUGAAUGUGUCUUUUCUUUUUAUGAUGGAAUGAAUCACUCAAAUAUGAGCUGAAACGAACAUGUAUUUGAAAAAGAAAAAGACAGUGUCGUUUUUCCAUGUUCUCUCUUUUUUGUUCUUGAAACUACACGGGGGGUUGAACUGCAGAACUGUAGCCUACCGUGAACACAACUCGCAGGGGACUCGUUGCCGUGUCGACACGCGAGGUACAAAAAGCCCAUUGUUUCCCCUUCCGGAGUGGGGGAGGAGGGGGGUCUCACUUUCUCCCCCCCCCCCCUUCUCCAAAUAAAACCUUUAAUAACAUUCUCUGCAAAACACUACAUCCUUUUUAGCAUAUUUUUUUUUCAUUGACCUGUAUCAUGCACUGUUUUAUGUCUUUUUUGUUCUCGUUUUAAUGCAUAAUUUUCCUUGUUAAGAAUGUAUACGUGUCUCCUUGUUGUUGGAAGUAUCAGUCACCCAAUCACUCGAUUUUCUAAGGAAAGAAAGAAUGUGUUUUUCUGUGCCUUUUUCCUCUCUCUUUUUUUGUCAAUAAAAAACUGAAGUGCUUUA